AGAAAAAUUUGAGUCACGACUUUGGUGCCUUGGCCGUAUUGCUUUCUCCAUGCAUUCAAUGAAAUACAGUGAUCGAGAAAAAAUGUUUAUUUCAACAGGACUCUUCCUUUUAAUUAUCUUCUUUUCCGGCGUCACAUCCCGCCCUACAAUAGAUAACGUAAUUGAGCAAAUAUUAUUAAAUUACUCUAGCUUUCUUUCUACAUAUUUAAUUAAAGUUUAUUCAAAUAAAUUCAUCUAACUAUUCAUAUUUUUGGUGAAAUAGAAAUAUUAUUUUCAUUAAAAUUACCGAUAAUCUUUUAUAAGAGAAAAUUGAAUUUUAUUGAAUAGAAUGGCAACAUUAUGAGAUUGGAUGAUGAACUUUUUUCGGGCAGUAUGAGGCACGAAUUUGAAAAUUCACUUAUCUAUAGACGGAAGAGAGCCGCAAUUACUAAUUUUGGCAAUCAACCUCUUUCUAAAUGGACUUUUCCAAUCCGCUACUUUCUUGAUCCCAAGUACAGCGAUGGGGAAAAAGACAUUAUUAGAAGGGCUUUUAAUAUUUGGCAAGCUGAAACUUGUGUUGAGUUUGUUGAAGAAACUUUUAAAAGUUCUGCCCAUGUUGACGUUAGAAAGUCUGCUACGACAACGGAAUGUUUAUCAUUUAUUGGUAAAGACAAAAUUGAGACGUCGCCUCAGAUUCUAUUUUUAGGAAGUUCGUGCUUAAAUCCCAUUGGUUUGACUUUGCAUGAAAUUGGGCAUCUUCUAGGCCUAUGGCAUGAACAUCAAAGAUCUGAUAGACACAAUUAUUUAAACGUUCUACUGAAAAAUGCUGUUGAGAAGGAACAAUCCAACUUUAUAGCUGUUUCCGAAGAGUUGGUCCAAGUUAAAUUCACACCGUAUGAUUUUUCGUCGAUAAUGCAUUACAAAGAAAAUGCCUUUUCCAGAAAACCAACAAGUCUAAACACGAUCGAAACGAAAAAUGCCCUUUUUCAAAGGUCUCUUGGACAAAGGGAACAAUUAUCAUUUUUCGAUACUAAAAUGAUCAAUUUAGCUUACUGUAGUGAAACCUGCAUCACUCAACCAAAAUUACAAUGUAGUCACGAAGGUUAUCAAAACCCGAAAGACUGCUCUACUUGUUCAUGUCCUGAGGGUCUAAGUGGAAAACUUUGCGAAAAGUCAUCAUUUCAAGAGGAUGGUUGCGGCUCUAAUAUUCACUUAACUGACGAUUCAGUUCAGACGAUUGAAUCGCCUGGUUUUUUUAGUCCGAAAUUUUAUCCAGAAAAUUCUAAAUGCACGUGGAAUAUUACAACUGAACCCGGUUACAACGUUAAAUUAACAUUUUCUGAUCAAUUUGGUAUCGUUUGCACGAAAAACCACUGUCAAGAUUACUUAGAAAUGAGACUCAAUGGCGAUUAUGGAAAGCCAGGACCAAGAUUUUGUUGUCAAAGUCCGCAAAUGAAAGAGGUUAAGAGUGAUCUUGAUAGUGCAUUAUUGGUAUUUAGAUCUAUUAAACAAGGAACUCAAACAUCGGAGCGAAGAGGAUUUCAGAUAAGCAUUCAAAGGGUUUUAGAUGAAACCUGCGCUGGUCGUUGUCAAAAUGGAGGAGCUUGUACUGGUGAAAUUGACGUUCCUUGUAACUGUAAAUCGGGUUUUGGAGGAAAAUUUUGCGAAGAAAAUAUAGACGAUUGCGUACCGAAUCCUUGCAAGAAUAAAGGAAUAUGUGAAGAUAAGAUUAACGCUUAUAAAUGUUCAUGCGUUAAUGGAUAUACAGGAACAACAUGUGAAAUUGAACCAAUUGCACCUGACGCUUGUAAUCCGAAUCCUUGUAAAAAUGAAGGAUCUUGUUUACCUUUUAACCAAAAUCAAAAUUUUUUCUGCUCUUGUAAGCAAGGUUAUACAGGAACUACCUGUGAAAAAGAGCCGGCUUGUUUAUCUAGCCCUUGCAAGAAUAAUGGUACCUGCCUCGAUAUUGUUGGCGGACAAUUUAUCUGUGUCUGUACAACAAGUUACGAAGGAAGUAGAUGUGAAAAAAAAAAUCCAUGUUCAUCUGGUAUUUGCAAUAAGGGAAUUUGUAUUAAAGAUACUAGGGAACAAAGAGGUUAUAGAUGUGCCUGCGAACAAGGAUAUAGGGGAAUUGAUUGUACAAUUCCAGAUCCUUGCGUUUCUAGACCUUGCGGUUCCCGAGGCGCUUGCAUUUUGACUGAAGGAAAUAAUUUUAGAUGUGAUUGUUAUAAUGGUUAUAGCGGUGAAUUUUGCGAAAAUACAAGAGGGCCUUGCGAUAAUUCCCCCUGCGGCCAAAAUGGACAAUGUAGACCUAUGGGUUCAAACUAUGAAUGCGUUUGCAUAAAUGGUUAUACAGGAACUAAUUGCCAAAAUUCCCCUUGUAUGUCAAAUCCGUGUUCUUCAACUGCAAGGUGCGAACUCGAUUCGUCAAAUAGCUCAGGUUUCAAAUGCGUUUGUAGUCCUGGAUAUUCCGGUGAUCGGUGUACAAUUUUUGAGUCAUGUCCUGCUGGCUUUUGUAAAAAUGGAGGUACGUGCUUUAGAUUAGCGGAUGGAAGUUUCUCGUGUCGAUGUCCAAUAGGAUAUUACGAAAAUGAUUGUUCUACCCCUUCAAUGUGUGUUACUUCUCCUUGUCAAAAUGGUGGAACGUGUUCAGGAGGAGUAAAUUACAGAGUUUGCUACUGUACAUCAGGUUUUUCAGGAAAUUCUUGCGAAAAAGUUGCUUCUCCUUGUAAUCCGAAUCCAUGCCAAGGAAAUGGAACUUGCAUAAGUCAGAAUCCUCAUUCGUACCAAUGUAAAUGUCCUCCCAAUCGCUCAGGAGAACAUUGUGAGAAUCGGAAGAAUUACUGUGACAGUUCUCCUUGUUUCAAAGGCAACUGUAAUAAUAUGGGAAGUGGCUAUACAUGCACCUGUUGGGAUGGUUACACUGGAAAAAACUGUGAUACUCCACCAACUGCAUGCAUAAUUAAUCCUUGUAAAAACGGUGGCACUUGUAGAACUAGUGAUAUAUUAAGAGCUGAUGGUCAAGCUUUAUAUGAAUGCGACUGUUCCAGCGGUUACAGUGGAAGAACUUGUGAAAUUGAAGAGAACGAGGGCCCAUCUUGUGAAUCAAUCAAAUGUCUCAAUAGUGGUGUUUGCGUAUUAAUGAAUGAAGAGCCUACUUGUAUCUGUAAAGUAGGAUAUGGAGGAGAGUACUGCGAAGAGCGAGUCGAGGAAAGUGAGUGUAAGAGUAAUCCGUGUCAGAAUAAUGGAAUAUGCUACGUGGAAGGUGGUGUAUCGAAAUGUGAUUGUCCCCUUGGAUGGGGAGGAGAUCAUUGUAACAUUCCUUGCGGUGCCUGCCCUGUAAGUGGAAAAGUUAUUAUUCCGGGAUCAUUAUACAAGCCGUGUAAAGCAAAGAAGUUGGAAAACGAAGAAAUGGCUUCUUAUAGCGGGCAUUAUGGUUAUGGAGGAUUCCAUAAAUGUUGGUGGAACUGGUGGAAUAAGCCAAAACCCAAGGAAGAUCCUAAAGACUUUACCUGUUGCGAAGGAUCAAAAUUAAUAAAAACGAGUAACGGUAGAUUUAAAUGCGCUGUAGAAGGCUGGGGUACAUGGGAAAAGUGUCCAAGUUGCGGGAAUUGCCAGAAAGUAUCAAGAAGCAAAUACGCAGUUCGUAAAUGCGACAGAAAUUACCUGAGGAAAUACUGCAAUUACAGAAGAAACGAUUCAGUAGCUUAUCUAGCCGUGACAUCGUGUCAAUCAAAAUCUUGCAGCAACAAACCAUGCAAUUGCGCCUACUAUAACUAUUACUGUUCGAAAUGUAAAUAUGGAUGUAGAUUGAACAGCUCCAAAACCCAGUGUAUGCCAGGAAACAUAGCUGAUAGAUGGUAUAAAUGA